UAUGGCGAUAUCGGUGCAGUGUUGAUAUUUCGUCGCAGUGUUUUCGAACUUUUGUGUAGUGUUUUCGUUUAAAAACUGAGUUAAAAAUCGCAAAACAACACCCCAGGAAUUGUUAGAUAACUAAAAAAACAUAUCCUAAUACAAUGUAGUGAAACACUAAAGUGAAUCAUCUUCCACACUAGAUAGAAAAUUAAAAUCAUCAGGAAUUGAACAGGAAUUCGAGAAAAUUUAGGAAGAAGACUGUCUAAAGGUGAACAUGGAUGAUACAGAUGGUGGACCAGGAAAAAUUUUGAGGGCAAAGUCCUUGAAGCGGGGAAAGCCAGAGGAAAGAAUCACUGACAGGGUGAAGCUAGAAAGAGUACUUGGUGUGACGGUAGCCAGUAAUGCUUCUUUAGGAACAGACAACAAUGGAAUAAUAGCUUAUCCUGCAGGAUGCACCGUGGUUUUGUUUAAUAUAAGGACUGAACAACAGAAUCACAUAAUCAACACAAGCAGAAAAACUAUAACAUCUUUAGCAUAUUCCUCCUGUGGUAGAUACAUAGUUACAGGUGAAUGUGGCCAUCAACCUGCUGUAAGAGUAUGGGAUCUACAGUCCGAUCCACAAUCUGGCCAUCCAGGUUUGGCACCUCAGCCUCAACAGGUUGCCGAAUUUCUGGGACACAAAUACGGUGUCAAUUGUGUUGCUUUUUCUCCUACAAACAAAUACGUGGUGAGCGUCGGUACCCAACAUGAUAUGAUAGUCAAUGUGUGGGAUUGGAAAAAUAAUAUAAAAGUUGCCAGCAAUAAAGUUAGUACCAAAGUGAAAGCAAUCGCAUUUUCUGAAAAUGGAAAUUACUUUGUAACUGUAGGCAACCGCCAUGUAAAAUUUUGGUUUUUGGAGAGCGGUAAAAAUAAGUACAAAGAAGCGGUACCUUUGAUGGGCAGGUCGGCCAUACUGGGUGAGCAAAGGAACAAUUAUUUCUGUGAUGUAGCUUGUGGCAAAGGAGAGUGUGGCGAUAGUACUUACGCCAUCACCAGGUCCGGACUGCUUUGUGAAUUUAAUAAUAGAAGACUUUUAGAUAAGUGGGUAGAAUUAAGGACAACCAGUGCCAAUUGUAUUACAGUAGGUCAAAAACAUAUUUUUGUGGGUUGCGCGGAAGGUAUUAUAAGGUGUUUUGACCCUACGACACUUAGGUUUAUCACGACAUUACCUAGAUGUCACUACCUAGGCGUCGAUGUAUCUUUAGGAACUAAUAUACAGCAUAUGGCUUCGCCCCCUCAAGACGCCAAAUAUCCUGACACUGUAGCUAUAACUUUCGACGAAACUAAUAAUAAAUUAACAGCAGUUUACAACGAUCACUCUAUAUAUAUUUGGGAUGUUUUCAACAUUAAAAGGGUGGGAAAGUCAUGUUCUUUUCUAUACCAUUCAGCGUGUAUAUGGGGUGUGGAAAUGGCACCCCAGAACAGCGGAUUGCCUCCAGGAAGUUUCCUGACCUGUAGCUCAGACGAUACGAUCAGGGUCUGGACUUUAGACAAAAUGAACGAGAAAAACAGUCGUGGAAUGUACCAACAGAACGUCUAUAGUAACGAUUUAUUGAAAGUAGUGUAUAUAGACAAGGAUCUGUCUUACAUAAAAGACUUAGAUAUAUCUGGAACUGUUACAAACGAUAAACAACCCGAUCAAACAUCAUACGAUGGAAAAAAUGGUGUAAGGUCUAUAAGGAUUAGCCCCAACGGAAAACACUUAGCGUCUGGAGACAGAUCAGGAAAUAUACGUAUUCAUGAUAUCGCACAAAUGAAAGAACUUUACAAGAUUGAAGCACAUGACUCUGAAGUGUUAUGUUUGGAGUACUCAGCUAAUGAGUCUUCUUACAGUUUGCUCGCGAGUGCAAGUAGGGAUCGACUCAUUCAUGUGUUUGAUACGAAAAACGGUUAUGAUUUUGUUCAAACCUUAGAUGACCACUCUUCAAGCAUUACAGCAGUGCGAUUUUUGAAUCAUUCAAAUAAUAUCCAAAUGAUUUCUUGUGGAGCUGACAAAAGCUUAAUAUUUAGAUCCCUAGGAGAGUUCAAUGGUAAAGUUCAAUUUGCGCGUGAUCAUAAUGCCACUGGAAAGACCACGCUGUAUGAUAUGGAAGUGGACACGGGUCAGAAGCACGUACUGACAGCCUGUCAAGAUAGAAACGUCAGAAUUUACAACGUAACCACCGGAAAACACACAAAGACCUUUAAAGGCAGCACCGGCGAUGAUGGUACGCUUAUAAAGGUAGUUUUAGACAGAUCGGGUAUAUAUCUGGCAACGUCGUGCACUGAUAAAAGCUUAUCAGUGUACGAUUACUAUUCUGGGGAGUGUAUGGCAACAAUGUGCGGUCACAGCGAGUUAGCUACUGGACUUAGGUUCACUAACGAUUGUAGAAGACUAGUUAGUGCUAGUGGAGAUGGUUGUAUAUUUGUAUGGAGGAUACCUCACGACAUGGUUAUAACAAUGCAAGCACGUUUGAGCCAGCAAGCCAUGAGACAAGGAAAAAUGCUGGAAUCAGAAAUGUUUAACGAAAAUAGUAAUUUCGAUAUAUACGAGGGCAUUUCAAAUAUUGAUGCAAAUUAUAGGUUUAGUAUAGGUCAAUUACCACAGUGGGCCAAGAAACAGCUCACUGAGGAAUCUAGUCAACCACCGAGUGUUACAAAAGGCGUGGCAGCGCCUAAAGGACGAUGGGCUCAAAGGGCUGAGUUUUCUACUACUCUAGUUCAGUCGCUUUAUGGUGGUAACCCUGUCCUAUUCCCCGCUGUAGAUAGAAGGCUUGACUCAGAUGGUUCAAAGGAAAGCUCUCUGGAUAGUGGUACCGAUCUUAAGCUAUACCAAGAGACUAAGAAGGUUGAGUCUAUGUCUAUGACAUCGAAGAUAUCUCCCAAUAUUACUAUAAGGGACAGAAAUAGGAGAGGGAUAAUGACUGAUGAUAGUGCUAUAGGAGAUAUUUCUUUACGAAGACCGUUAUAUUAUCCAUCACUAGCUGACUCACCUAGCGGAAACGAAUACACAGUAACCAACAUCGACGCUGACGAACUUAGGAAAUCGCAAAGGAAAAAGAAAACUCCCCAGAUUUUAAUCCAGCAACCCACAACAGGAACUUAUGAUUCUGAAGAUGACGAUGAUGAUGCAUCAACUCCAAGCGGUGAAAAUACUGACAGAAAUCCAAUGUCUCUGUUCUCUGUUAGUUCAGAGUCUCUGGACCAAUUAGUGAAUAGAGAAAGGUAUCUUCAGUCGACUUUCGAGAGUAUGUCUGGAGCUGAAACUGAACAUCACACACCCUCUAAUAAAUCGUCGUUUUCAUCUAAAUUUUUAACAAAUAGCGGAAACAAAAAUAUCGAAGCUAUUAACGCUGUGAAAAUGACCAAAUCUGACCCUGAAGCGAUAAAGAAACGACAAGAAUUGAACAAAAGGAUAGCAGAAACCAAAAAGAAGUUAGAGAGUUUUGGACAUGUUAGCCCACUGAAAUACAGCCAGUCCAUACAUGAUUUGAGUCAUAUACCUGAGAGAGACAAGUGGUCAAAGAAACAAGCAGACAUUGAUAGUGCUAACGCUUCCUCAACUAACACUACAAUCAAUAAAACCGACCCAUGCAGCGUUUGCACAUCUAUAAGUACUUCUUUCACCGAUUUUGUACCGUCUAGCAAAAGCGUACCAGUCGAUCUACAACUGUGCGGUUGUUUCAUGAGUGACAUCGAAAAAAACACCACUCAGUUGAGUCAAAUACUCAAUUUGAGUCGAGAUAACGAUAAAACUUGCUCAAAAUCGCGUCCUUUGAGUUUGAGUGGGUUAAAUACGGUGAAUUUUGAUGCGGAGAGUAUAAGUUUUCGUGAAAGCCUGGAGAAAGCAACAAAAAGUCCAGAAAGGAGUCUGGAAUCACUUAUUAGACCCAGAAAAUUAAAGUUAGACAAGACUUUGACUAAGUACAAAAUGCACAAGAGCCUUCCUGUCAGUCCUGUCAGUGAGGAAAGACAGUUUGCUGACUUUGUCGAUCAGCAAAAAUGCAGUGAUUUGCAACAGAGACAAAGUUUCAGUUAUUUUUUGGAUCUCGAUCCCAAAUCGACAGACGAAGGUUUCAGACAAGUUUGCAGCGAUAUAGAGAAAUUUAGUGUGGAUUUUAACAAAAAAUACGAUCAAAUUGAGAAAAAUUUCCCUGUCAAAAGUGCCAAAGGCGAAGAAAAUAAUCCUGAAGAUGAAGAUGGCAAUUUUAGCUCGGAUUCGUUAGAGGACUAUAACUUUUUUUCUUAUAGCAUUAAAAAGGGUAAAAAGAACGUACCACCGAGGAGAUGUGUGUCAAAUAACGAAAUAUAUCGGUAUCAAGAAGAAUAUAUUGAGGAAAUUCCAAAAAGCGAAUCAUUUUACUUGAAUCAAAAUUACUCGAUACAGGGUAGCCAAGAAAGUAUUCUUUCGGACGAGAAUAACCUCGAUUACAACGACUUCUACAGGGGGGAAGCAAAAAGUUAUUGUAACAGUUUGGAAAGCGUCAUUUCUAACGAUUCUGAUUGCAAGAGUGCUCCCCUUGAGAUAUUGUUUGAAGAUAAAAGAAAAGAACUUAUAUCCGAGGGGAACUGCAAAAUGCCUCAUUCGCAAAGCCUGCCAAAAAAUAUAUCGUGCAAGUACGACACAGAAUUAUCGUCUAGUCUUCCUAAAAAUUUUAUUGAACAUCAUUAUACUGCAUCUCAGCCAAUACAAGCAUCAUCAGGGAAAAAAAGUAAAGGUAGUUUGAAAACUUGCCAGACUCAGACAGAUUUUGAGACACCUCAGCAAAUUGUGGCAAAGAAAGCAGGAAGAGGUUCAGAAGAUUUUCAGAAAAAAUUGCUCAAAUUUGAAAGUACUAUUGCUCAAAGCACUCAUAAAAAACCGGUCGCAUUUUUUGUCGAAACAAACACUAGCAGAGGCAAAUCAAACACAAAACUAAGCAAAGAAAACGUCCCUAUUAAUUUACCAAAAAAUAGUCAAAAAACAAAACACGAAAACUCAGAAAUGUACAUACCAACUCUAGCUUCGAAGAACAAACAAUACAAAAGCAAAUUUUGCAAUGUGUUGAACAAUAAGCCUGAUCAGAACUUGGAUAUAUUUGAAGAAAGAGCCAAUGGCAAAAAUAAUGGCAAUAAUUUUACUUUAUCCACUAUCAAUUUUGAAAGAAAUGGAAACAGAAACAAUAUUCAGGAAACAUCUAGUCUGGACAGGCAUUUGUUUGCCAAAGGCUUACUAAAUGCCAACGAAAAAAUAACUCACAAACCGCCAAAAGCUGUUCGAAGACAUAGCUCUAAAAACAGAAAAAGUAAAACUACUUACGAGUAUAUACGAAAAGAGGAUUUUUUCAAAAACAACACUAAUGUCAAAGGCGAACAAAAUUUAUGUACAGAUCCUAGGUUACUUCAUGAAGCGUCGGUUAGACGCAGACCGCUAUAUUAUCCAUCACUAGCUGACUCACCCAGUGGAAACGAAUAUACAGUAACCAACAUCGAUGCUGACGAACUUAGGAAAUCGCAAAGGAAAAAGAAAACUCCCCAGAUUUUAAUACAGCAACCCACGACAGGAACUUACGAUUCUGAAGACGAUGACGAUGAUGCGUCAACUCCAAGCGGUGAAAAUACUGACAGAAAUCCAAUGUCUCUGUUCUCUGUUAGUUCAGAGUCUCUGGACCAAUUGGUGAAUAGAGAAAGGUAUCUUCAGUCGACUUUUGAGAGUAUGUCUGGAGCUGAAACUGAACAUCACACACCCUCUAAUAAAUCGUCGUUUUCAUCUAAAUUUUUAACAAAUAGCGGAAACAAAAAUAUCGAAGCUAUUAACGCUGUGAAAAUGACCAAAUCCGACCCUGAAGCGAUAAAGAAACGGCAAGAAUUGAACAAAAGGAUAGCAGAAACCAAAAAGAAGUUAGAGAGUUUUGGACAUGUUAGCCCACUGAAAUACAGCCAGUCCAUACAUGAUUUGAGUCAUAUACCUGAGAGAGACAAGUGGUCAAAGAAACAAGCAGACAUUGAUAGUGCUAACGCUUCCUCAACUAACACUACAAUCAAUAAAACCGACCCAUGCAGCGUUUGCACAUCUAUAAGUACUUCUUUCACCGAUUUUGUACCGUCUAGCAAAAGCGUUCCAGUCGAUCUACAAUUGUGCGGUUGUUUCAUGAGUGACAUCGAAAAAAACACCACUCAGUUGAGUCAAAUACUCAACUUGAGUCGAGAUAACGAUAAAACUUGCUCAAAAUCGCGUCCUUUGAGUUUGAGUGGGUUAAAUACGGUGAAUUUUGAUGCGGAGAGUAUAAGUUUUCGUGAAAGCCUGGAGAAAGCAACAAAAAGUCCAGAAAGGAGUCUGGAAUCACUUGUUAGACCCAGAAAAUUAAAGUUAGACAAGACUUUGACUAAGUACAAAAUGCACAAGAGCCUUCCUGUCAGUCCUGUCAGUGAGGAAAGACAGUUUGCUGACUUUGUCGAUCAGCAAAAAUGCAGUGAUUUGCAACAGAGACAAAGUUUCAGUUAUUUUCUGGAUCUCGAUCCCAAAUCGACAGACGAAGGUUUCAGACAAGUUUGCAGCGAUAUAGAGAAAUUUAGUGUGGAUUUUAACAAAAAAUACGAUCAAAUUGAGAAAAAUUUCCCUGUCAAAAGUGCCAAAAACGAAGAAAAUAAUCCAGAAGAUGAAGAUGGCAAUUUUAGCUCGGAUUCGUUAGAGGACUAUAACUUUUUUUCUUAUAGCAUUAAAAAGGGUAAAAAGAACGUACCACCGAGGAGAUGUGUGUCAAAUAACGAAAUAUAUCGGUAUCAAGAAGAAUAUAUUGAGGAAAUUCCAAAAAGCGAAUCAUUUUACUUGAAUCAAAAUUACUCGAUACAAGGUAGCCAAGAAAGUAUUCUUUCGGACGAGAAUAACCUCGAUUACAACGACUUCUACAGGGGGGAAGCAAAAAGUUAUUGUAACAGUUUGGAAAGCGUCAUUUCUAACGAUUCUGAUUGCAAGAGUGCUCUCCUUGAGAUAUUGUUUGAAGAUAAAAGAAAAGAACUUAUAUCCGAGGGGAACUGCAAAAUGCCUCAUUCGCAAAGCCUGCCAAAAAAUAUAUCGUGCAAGUACGACACAGAAUUAUCGUCUAGCCUUCCUAAAAAUUUUAUUGAACAUCAUUAUACUGCAUCUCAGCCAAUACAAGCAUCAUCAGGGAAAAAAAGUAAAGGCGGUUUGAAAACUUGCCAGACUCAGACAGAUUUUGAGACACCUCAGCAAAUUGUGGCAAAGAAAGCAGGAAGAGGUUCAGAAGAUUUUCAGAAAAAAUUGCUCAAGUUUGAAAGUACUAUUGCUCAAAGCACUCAUAAAAAACCGGUCGCAUUUUUUGUCGAAACAAACACUAGCAGAGGCAAAUCAAACACAAAACUAAGCAAAGAAAACGUCCCUAUUAAUUUACCAAAAAAUAGUCAAAAAACAAAACACGAAAACUCAGAAAUGUACAUACCAACUCUAGCUUCGAAGAACAAACAAUACAAAAGCAAAUUUUGCAAUGUGUUGAACAAUAAGCCUGAUCAGAACUUGGAUAUGUUUGAAGAAAGAGCCAAUGGCAAAAAUAAUGGCAAUAAUUUUACUUUGUCCACUAUCAAUUUUGAGAGAAACGGAAAUAGAAACAAUAUUCAGGAAACAUCUAGUCUGGACAGGCAUUUAUUUGCCAAAGGCUUACUAAAUGCUAACGAAAAAAUAACUCACAAACCGCCAAAAGCUGUUCGAAGACAUAGCUCUAAAAAUAGAAAAAGUAAAACUACUUACGAGUAUAUACGAAAAGAGGAUUUUUUCAAAAACAACACUAAUGUCAAAGGAGAACAAAAUUUAUCUACAGAUGAAAUUAAAGGCAGUGCAAGUGUUCUAAAUAACAGAACGAAAGAUUUAGUAAUAACUGGUGAAAAUACCAUAGAAUUAAGGUUUAAAGAGAAAAAUAUUGAAUGCGAUGUGGAAGCUGGGUCUUGUAGAUCUAGAAAUAACGUGUUAAACGUAAAAAUUGCAGAAGGUGUAUCAAAGUUUGAUAAGAAAUCAGAGCAUCAGAAUAAUAUUUUAACAGAGUUAUAUGAUAGUUUAGAUAAAAAAUCGCCACCCUCUAAGAUGGACCUAGAUUCAUUAGAUAUAAACUUGAAUACUACCAAUAAUUCUGAUACUGAGUCUACGAAGAAUUUUUUUGGCAGUCUCGAAUUAAAUGUUUGGGGCAAAAGUUCUUGCGUUAGCAAAAACGCCGCUCUUCAUCUAGAGAAUGUCUUGAUGAAGCAAAGUACCAACGAAAAACCAGAAAAAAAGGUUUCCCCCCAAGACAAAAUCGCUACAGCUCUUCAAAACAUCAAAAUCCUGAACGAAAUUCAAAGAAAAAUACACCAAAUCAAUACCCUGAUCGAUAUAUACCGAAAAAACGUGUCAAAAAGUAAAGUAAAAGCCUUAUCAUCGAUGUACGAGAGUUUUUUAACCACCUCACAAAGCUACUACAAUGAUCUGACUAAACUUCAAGCAACCCCAUUGAAGUAUAGACGAAGAAACUUGAGUUUACCGAGUUUCGUUGAAAGAAGACUGAAUUCUGACAGUAAAUCUGGCAACGGUGUGCCUUCCAAGCUGGCAACACCGACGAAUAAUCAAGAUGACAGAAAUAUUGAAGGUGAUGCAUGGAGAAAGAUAUUAGCUGCCUUUGUUUUCCAUGUUUUUGUUGCUGAGCAUAGCUGUUUAUAUUACAAGCAUGUUAUAUAUUGUUAUGUAUAUAUUUUAAAUGUUAUAAAAAUAAAUAAAAUCGAUUUAUAUUUAGACGAUACCUCUAGUCCCGAGUCAAGUUUGCGCAGGUCGUGUAGCUUGUCCGAUUUGAGCAUGCAAAACGCAUCCAAUUUAGCCAAGCGCAAACCCGAACAAACAGUUAAGAAACCAGCACCCCCAGCAAGAAUGACACCACGUUAUGUCAAAAACAACUCGAUGAUGCGCAGUAAAUCCAGCGUCAUGUUGAACCAACAGCACUCAGAUUCCGAAAACGAUUCUCAGGAUAAGAAGAUGUCAAGAUUGAUGAGACCUACGAUCAGUUCUCAUAAUAAAAUGAGCCAAAAGUCGUUACAGGCACGAAAGAAACAGUCCUAUUCGACCAGUAAUUUGAAUCAAAUAGGAAUAGACAACGUUUCGACGUCCGAUGAUGAAGAGACGAUAAAGAAGCCCCAAGUUCCCCCAAGAAUGAGCCGGCAACAGAGCUUCGAAAAUGGACAAAGUACUAAGAGACUCAUGAACAACAAGGACCAAAAGAGAUCUUCACGACACUCAAUUCAUUUUGAUGACACACUAACAAACGAAGAUAUUGACAUAUCAAGCGAAAGUAUGGAUUUUUCUUCAAUUGAAUUCUCCAAUCAGUUAUGCGAAGAUGUCAGCAAACACCUAGUCAGGACCGCAGACAAUGUUGUCAAAAUCUAUGAAAAACUUAAAGAAAAUGAAGAAGCAGGGGAAUCACAGGCUGAAGCUAUGGAUUGUAUUAAAAUGUCCCUCAUCAGAACGCAUAAGGUUGUCCACGAUUGUAUCUUCAACGAAUUUAAGCAGAACAACGGCAACAUCGAUGUAAACCAAACUGACGCUAUUAAGAAACUAAAUGAUUUAGUUUCAAAGGGUGCUUCAGGGUCAGGGUCAGUCAUAGACCUGAUGCAGCAAUAUUCGGACAUUUUGCUAGACAUGAUGCAGCAAAAAAUACAUUCGAGCAACAUUUGAUGUCUACCCGGAAUUUUUUUCGAACUCAAUGUAUAGAAGGACUUAAAAUUAUUGUUAUAAUACGUCCCAGAUAUAGAGAUAGAGAUAUACCGGGUGAUGCAUUGUCUCAGGACAUAUAGGAAACCUCAUGUAAAUUUUAAGAGUGUUGUCAAGUUCAAAUUUUUUUUUAUUUUUAGCCCUAUUUCCUUGAUUUUUUUAUCAAAUUUAUCAACUUCGUAAAUUCAGUUUAUUAUUUAGUUUUUGGCAGGAUGCUGUAUGGCUAUAAGACGUAC